AGUCCGUUAAUCCUAGCCUUAAGCUUAAGGUGUUAAGUAAAGCGUGGGGUCACAGCGGGAAAGCCACGCGGCCUAUUGUUUCAAAGCCACUGAAUGCAACUUUCCUGCCUGCGCUCCCACAUGCAAAUACUUGAGGCUUACAAAUGUGAGGGGGAGAAAAAGCUGGUGAGGUUGUUGGUUCCUGUUGCUCGUAUUCAGGCCCGGCUGUGGGGUGUCCCCCUGUUCGCCACUAAAAGCAACGAUGCACAGCCACGGAUCUGCAGAGCUGAAACAUGGCCGCCGUCGAUAUUAAUGUCAAGGGCUCAACCCAUUCGGUCGGGUUUUCAUUCCCAUCAUGAAGUACCGUAAUCGCUUCACGAUGGAGCGGAUCGGCCACUUUCGUUGGCUGACUAGUUGGCUAGCAGUCUUGAGCGCACUCUUCAGUCUCUCGCUUUCAACGGAAAUAGAACCCCGGGCAUCGUGGCCGAACGGGCCGCUAGUCACCUCGGGACGAUGGAUCACCGAUGCAAACGGUGCGAAGGUCACAUAUGUCGGCGUCAACUGGCCUGGCUCACUGGAGACGAUGAUCCCGGAGGGACUGCAAUAUCAGUCCAUCGAGGUGCUCGUUUCGAAGAUUAAGAGUUUAGGCAUGAAUGUCAUUCGUUUGACGUACGCGACUGAAAUGAUUGACCAGUACUAUGAUAAUGAUGAGAAAGAUGUCACGAUACAACAGGCCUUCGUCGAUGCACUAGGCCAAGAAGAUGGUAUGGCCGUCUAUGAGAAAGUUGUUUCGAAUAACCCUUCAUUUGGAGCCGAAACAACGAGGCUACAGGUCUUCGAUGCUAUCGCUGCAGAAUGCGCCAAGCAGGAGAUUUACAUGCACCUUGACAACCAUAUUUCAAAAGCGGGUUGGUGCUGCAGCCCAAUCGAUGGCAACUCUUGGUGGAAUGAUGUGUAUUUCAACGUGGACAACUGGGAACGCGGAUUAUCAUUCAUGGCCGAACAUGGCAAAUCAUGGCCAAAUCUGAUGUCGAUGUCGUUGCGGAACGAGCUACGGAUAUCCCUGAACGACACGCAGGUCGCCAGCUCAUAUAACUGGGAGGACUGGUACAAAUACGUCCAGCAAGGCGCUGACGCCAUCCACGCCGCCAAUCCCGAUGUGCUCAUCUUUCUUUCUGGCCUAGACUCAGACAAGAAUCUGACCGCCGUCGUCCAAGGCGCAGCGCUGCAGCCCGGAACCGCGAUGUUCAAUCGUGAUGAUUUCGCGGGCUACGGUGAUAACAAGCUCGUCCUCGAAUUGCACGUUUAUGACAACAUUCUAGGCACGCCCUCGAGCGACUGCUCCGAGAUAACGGAUAGACUGUUUAACGCGGGGUUCGAAACUCUAACCAACAGCGCGACGAACCAGUUCCCACUCGUUGUGACUGAGUUUGGAUUUCCCCAGAACGAAUCGACUGCGACGAAUUCGUAUGCCUCUUGUCUGUUGGAUUAUUUCCCUUCGCAGCAUGCGGGAUGGAUGAUAUGGGCACUGGCCGGCUCUUACUACAUCCGCGAGGGCACACAGGAUCAAGACGAGGAGUGGGGAUUGUUGUCGCACGAUGGCUCUUCUUGGAGGAGUCCUGACUUCGUCAAUCGGUUACUGAGCCCUGCUGUUAAUGCAAGCAUGGCUCCUAUCACCGACGAUGAUGACAGCUCAUCCGGUAACGGAUCUGAUGAUGAUACCAGCUCAGCAUUGGGCUUUAGUCAGAGACAACCUGGUGUACUUCUGACACUGGGUGUCUUGGGGGGAGUCGCUUUCGCGUCUUACUCCUGGCAGUAGAUAUCGAGCAGAUGAUCCCACUGCUUGACUAUGUGUCUUGACAUCUUCGGAAUGCUGUCCUUAGAAUGAAUAUUCUUUACUUUUCAUAGGCCCUCUAAUGUUUAUACUGUCGAAUUAUAGCGUGAUUAUGAUCUUCGAAUGAGAGCAAUGCCAAUUGGGGCAACGGAAGUAUCUCAUAAUUAGUUAGUUACGUUCACGCUAGGUGAUAAUAGGACUUGGAUUAGCUAAAGGGCACUAAUAACUAGAUAAAUGAUUGCAGGAUUGCCAGUAAAGUAUCGUGACCAUCUGCACGAGAUCCGGGCCUCGGUGGUUUUUUAACUAGGCGCUUACCAAGCUCAAUAACAGAGCGCAAGUUUGAAUAACCUUAACAUCGCGGACACCAAGUAAUUGCUGCGAU